GGUGAGCCGGCCAGCGAGAAGAAAGGAGGGAGCGUCCGAGGUGUCAAGUGGAAGUGACUCGGACGAAUCGGAGGAGUCGGCGUCAGAAUGAGGGAACAAGGAAAUGGGAUUGUACCCGAGAUUGAGGCAGUUUUUAGGACGGUGGUCGUAUCCUUAUCGAUUCGUGGUUGUAUACCGUGGGCACGGAAGUUUACUCCGGAUUGGGCGACGUUAUGUGCGAGGGAUGAAGAUUUCUUGGGAAAACCCCACCCGUGUGUGUAUGCUGCCAUUUCCCCAAUUUGUAAGUCUAUCUAUAUUGGGCGCACGGGGCGAAGUGCUGACGUGAGGUGGGCAGAACACGUGAGAAAGAGUGGGGAUGAAGGGACAGGCACUGCGCGCUUCCAUCGGUGGUUAAAGAGGUUUGGGGCGCAUAAUUACGUUCUUAUUCCGAUUUGCCACGCGGAACCUGACCAGCUCCCUGCGAUUGAAGAAUUCUGCAUUAGGAGGUGGUCACCAGCAUUGAAUACGUUCGGUGCGAGGUCAACGGGAUCGGGAUCAAGGAGACGGCGACGAGGUAGGAAGGAGAGGGAGAAAGCACGGAAGGGACAGCGGAGCAAUCAGACACCGGUUGAGCUUUUGAAUUUCUGGAUUAGUAAUGGGAAGAAGACCUGUGGGUUGGUAAAUCUGUUGACUGAGCAGGUUCGGGUUGGUAAUGUGUGUUUUUCCUUAUUUUCGACAGAAGGGAGAGGAUGGGUGGAUAAGUGGAAGACGGUACGUAGACUGUUUGGUGAAUCGGAGGUGUUGUUAGACGGUGGGAUCGUGAAGCUUCGCGCAUGCAAGAAACGAAUUGAGGAGGGUGGGAAACUGCAGAUUUGGAGGUUGAAGAAAUGGACUGCUGCAUGCCGGGGGCAGAAAGCGGCUUUGGUAAUGCUUUUAAAGUACCCGGAGAGAAGAAGUGAUGCCGCGAACUUUCCGUUGAGAUUGCUUGUGGAUCUAUUGGGUGCAGCCAAGGAGUUUUCAAAGAAGGGGACGCGGAGUAUGCUGCGCAGGAUCUUGUACGGAGCGAUUAAACGGAAGACGGGUGUCAAUCUGUACAGCUGCCUGGUGGUCAAGGUUCGAUAUGACGACAGGGUUAACCUGAGUGGGAUUCCUAGGUUGUGUGAUGAGAAAGUUUGUCAGUUGGGUUUGCCGGCAUAUACAGACGACAUUGUGAAGCGUAAGUCACGCAUCAACUGGGCUAAGAACCCGUCGGUGGGCGACAUGCUGCAUAACCACAGGGAACAAUCUUCCCGAAUGGUUGCAGCCUGCCAGUGUGCAGGUAUUGGACUGCCCCGUAUCGGUGGGCAUGUCAGAUGUCGUCUCGGUGAUAUACCGGGCAUUCACCCCCUGUUGGCCAACGCAAGGAAUGUACCGCGUAGUUCAAAUCGUUGUAGGGUGAUGAGGCUCAAGGAGGAGAUUGAAGAAGGAUUUCGCAGUUGGAAAUGUGGAAGGCGGGCGAGUGUUGCGGUGGAAUUGGCAGAAGUUGAGGCAUGCAUAAAUGAUAGAAGGCGAGGGAAGGACGAGUUGCCGAUUGAAGAAGUGUGGAAGGUGAAAAGGGCAUACGAAGGGUUGGUGUUUACUCCGGUUGACAAAAACCCGGGAGAAACCGUUGUAAUGUGCCCGAUGGCAUAUUAUGAAGGGAUGCAAUCGAUGUUUGUGCGUAAUACAGGAUUUGAGAUUCUUGCCGAGACUGAAGAAAGGUAUUGGGCACAAAGUUAUGAGGAAUUCAUUGGGAAUGGGAUCGGUAAUUUGGGCAAGUGGAAGUCGGAUGGUAAGGCGGUAAGGAGCUAUAUUCUUCCUAAACAGAAGGAUCUGUCUCUUUAUCGGCCGAUCUGUCCGACCUUUUGUGAGCCAGCGAAUGCUUUGAGCAAGAAGAUGUCGAGAGCACUUAACCUGGCUGUGUCCUACCUGGCAGGGACGCUAGGGAAAGACCUAUUGGGGAAAUUGCCUGACAAGGAUCACUUUAAUCUGUCGGCUGUGUCCUACCUGGCAGGGACGCUAGGGAAAGCAAAUAGGGCUUUCGGACGGAUGGGAAUGGACACUGGGAUCCUUUCGGCAUCUUAUGAUGUCAAGGAUAUGUUCAGUCGUCUUCCCCACGAGGAGAUAGUAGAUGCAGUCGACUGGGUGGUGGGGAUGCACCAACGUAAAGGGAGAAAGCUUGUACGGGUUAACCCGAGGGGAAAGGGGGCUGUGUUUGAUGGGCCAGGGCGUGAGAAAUGGUGGAGUGUCAGUUUGGAGGAAAUUUUCGAAUUUGUGAUUUUUGAUCUUGAGCAUACAUUUGCGGAGUUUGUAUUUUGGCUACGAUUGAUGCGUGUUUUCUAUGAGUGAAUGCGUGUCGAAAGUCGUGAAGUUUGUGUCAGUUAUAUACCGGUCUCUCUCUCUCUCUCUCUCUUUUUUUUUUUUUUUUUUUCCCCUCUCUGACUGACUAGGGAGAACCCAAGAAAUGCUGGGGCCAAAAGUGCACAACUGCG